AUGGGAGUUUCCCAUGCAUAUUUAUCUUAUAUAACUUUCAGUUUAAUAUUAUUCGGAAAAUUAGUUUUUUCUAUUGAUUUUUUAGAUAGGGAAGAUACUUACUGUAAUGAAAACAAUAUAUCUGACUUGAUUUGUGUACCAAAAGAUAAUAUUCUCCAAGUAAUAGAUAAAAAGAUUGAGAAUUUGAAAGAAAAAUUAAAGAUAAAGGAAGAAUAUCAGGAUAUAAACACAUAUAUAAUUUUUAAUCAAUUGGAAUUUGUUAAGAAUCCAUUAUAUUCUUGUAGUCAUCCAAAGUCAAAGUUGAUAGAGUUGGAUAACAUAAAGAAAACUUUUAUAUGUAUAGUAAUAGAAGAAUUACAGAAGGUACUUCAAUGUAAAAGUGGAUACGAAUUAACAGAAGUAUUGAUAGAAAAUCCAAGUAAAAAGUUAGGAUAUGGUGAAUCUGAGAUUAGACCAAGAACCAAUAGAGAGAAGAAAUAUGCAAUAAAAAGUGAUAAACUAUGUAUUAAAACUGUGAAAGUUCCAGUAGAGAUUAUAUGUAAGGAUGGAAAGUUAAAGGAUGGGUUUUGUGUAAGGGAGGAAGUUACAAAUCCUUUAUAUGAGUGUCCCAAAGGAUUACAUGUAACUCCAAGAAAAUGGUGUGGAUAUAUUAAGAGGGAAUUAAAUGAAAGCUUAAUGGAGAAUGUGAUUAAGAGAACAAAUCCUGGUUGUGUGAUUAAAACAAUACAUCCGUGGUUUAAAUCUACUGCUAAAGUGGAGUGUUAUAAUAGUAAUCACAAUUAUAUUGUAGGGAUUACAGAGGAUGAUUGGGUAAAUGUGGUACCAGCAGCAUUUAAAUGCCCAAAAGAUUUUGAAAUUAUAUUUCCAACAUAUUCAAAGGGAAAGGCAAUUGAUGAUGAGUUUAUUUUUCCUCCAGUAUGUUUAGCUAGGAAGUACUUUCCAAGAAGUAUAAGUUGUCCUGGUAUAUUAUUAAGAAAUGGACUUAUAGUUACAGAUAGAUACAUUGUUGACAAUGAAGUUAAUCCUACUCCUUUCAAACAGUAUAUAGAUGUCUCUCACUACUCCUGUCAAGUACAAGACAGAGUAAAACCAAAUAUAGUUUGUCCUAUAAUUAAUAUGGACUAUUACUCCAGACUAAGAUAUGUUUUUCCAAGCAGUGAAUACUAUCUGGAUUCCCAUUCCAAUACUGAAAAAGCCAUUAACUAUCAGUCAGGAAUUUUUGAUUUUACAAGCUAUUCAGAUUUUUUAAGUGAUAAUCCGGGAAUUUUGAAUGAGCUGAAGGAAGCUCAGCUUAGUCAGAUUAAUAAUACCUCUGUUAACAACUCUAGUACUCCCAGAGACUUUAAAAAAGAUCAGAACGAAACUGGGCUACCUAUUGUCUCUUUUUUUAAUGAUUCCACAAUUGAUGGUUCCAGCUCUGAUGGUUCAAGCUCUGAUAAGCCCAGCUCUGAUGAUUCCAGCUCCUAUGGCUCCAGCUCUGAUGGUUCAAGCUCUGAUAAGCCCAGCUCUGAUGACUCCAGCUCCUAUGGCUCCAGCUCUGAUUUCUCCAGCUCUGAUUUCUCCAGCCCUGAUAGCUCCGCUUCUUCUAAUUAUACAAGCUCUUCUAAUGGUUCCUCAAAAUCCAGUCCAUAUUACAACUAUAAAGCUUACAAAACCGAAUUACAUGAAUACAGUUUUUACUAUAAUGAUACUUUAAACAAACAUCUGAAAUCAAUGAAUGAUUACAAUAACCAUGAAUACUCGUAUUAUCCUUUUAGGCUGAACACAACUUUGGAUAAUCCUUGGAAUACCAGUGUUAGUAGUAGUAGUAGUCAUUUAAGACGAGAAGAACAUGGAAAAUUACAUUUAGGUCAUUCGAAAGGCUCUCAAAUAGAAAAAGUGGUUGAUGAGAAACACUUUAAUAGGGAAUAUAACAAUUUUAUACAAGGAUUAAAAAAGGAUUUAUCCAAACAAGGCGAGUACUUUAAUGACUAUCAAUGGGAUUUCAUGAGUAAAUUUUACAGAGUUUAUGUUUCAAACCAAUUAAAAUUUGUAUCCAAUAUCCCAGUUUCUUCUGUUUCACAUAAAGCAUUAACUAUAGAUGGAGGUUACCAACUAAACAUUAAUUUAGAUCCAACUUACCAAAGUUUUGUCAAUUAUACCUUGGAAAAUAUGAAGAAAAUGGAUUCUGAGUUAAAUAUAACUAACCUGAGAGAUGAUCUAAAUAAUACAAGUAAUAAUAACAUUUCUCAAAUAAUUGAUAAGCUUUCAAUUCUUAAUGAUACAAAUAUUACUAGUAGUUUAAACUUAACAAAAGAUAACGAAUACAAUGCUUGGGAGAAAUCUGCAAGAAUCUAUUUUAUGGACUUAGACUUAAUGAAAAAGAAUCAAAUAAUCUAUUCAAGUAUUAAUAAUUAUAAACACAAGAGAAAAUUUCCAUUUUUAUAUUACUAUGGUAAACAGCCAAGUAUUAAUAAUGAUUAUGGACAUGUUAGAAGGCCAGCAAUUUCUGAUCAUAAAUAUAGAUAUGGAAGUCCUUCAGAAGAUUAUCAUAAAUAUACUGGAAGGCACGAAAAUAGUGAUUUACUUUAUUAUAUUAACAAACAUUUAAACAAAACAAAACCUUAUAGGCAUUCUCCUGGACCCCAAACAUAUCAUAAUUGUAUAUCUAUAAAUGAAACAACUCCUAUUAUAGAAUGCCCAAAUUCUAAUAUUGUUAUCCCUAAAUGUUUUAUACUUGACAUAAUAUAUUCAAAAUUCAAUAAUUACAAAGAUAUGAAUGGUACAUUCACAGAAGAUAAUAACGAAUUGAAUACAAAUAAUGAAAUUUCCGAAAAAAAUGGUAGUAUUCAAGAAGAAGAAGAAAAAAAAGAAGAAGAAAAAAUGGAUAUGAAUAAAAUUAUUAAUAGUAGACCUAUUUCAAUACAAGAAGGACUUAAUGAAAUAGGAGAUCUUGAAGUUCUUGGAAGUUUGGAAGGUUCUGGAGAUAUUUUAAACGAAUUGGGCUACUUUGGGAACAUAGGAGAACUACAAAACCUUGAAAUGCUGGGGAAUCUUGAAGGUCCAGGGCAAUUAGAAGUUUAA